CAAAAAGCAAAAGAAGAUCCAACAGUUUUGUGUCAAUGCACUCACAAUUCGUACGAAUGGUUGGAUUGGUUCAGUGAAAAUAAGUUCCUUUCAAUCGGUUUCCUUAUUAUUUUCGUUAGAAUUUUAUUUUGUGUUUAUUCUUAAAUCGGUGUAUCAUUCGACAAACCGAUUAAAAACGCGUGAAUAAUGCCAGAGGAAGUGAAACUUUCGCAUAGAUCUCGUAAACGGCUUAGAGAUGUUAAACGAAAGGCUCGACCAGAAUUGGGCGAUAAGGGAGCAUGGACUGCAUUAGACAUUGCAAGCCGAUUUGAACCAUUCUGGAAAUUUAAUGACAAUUGUGAACGAAUCAAUGCCCGAGAUGUGGAUUGUAAUGAAUUUAUCGAACGAUUCGAAAAAAUUAACAAACCGGUAGUAAUUGAAGGCAUUCAGACGAGCUGGAAAGCAAACGAAAAAUGGACUUUACCGCGAUUGAUGAAAAAAUAUCGCAACCAAAAAUUUAAAUGCGGUGAAGAUAACGAGGGAUACAGUGUUAAAAUGAAAAUGAAGUAUUAUGUUGAAUAUAUGCAAACCACAAAGGACGACAGUCCAUUAUAUAUUUUUGAUUCGAGUUUUGGUGAUCACCAUCGUCGGAAAAAGCUGCUCGAUGAUUACACCAUACCAAAGUAUUUCCAAGAUGAUUUAUUCAAAUAUGCGGGUGAAGAACGGCGUCCACCAUAUCGGUGGUUUGUAAUGGGUCCAGCUCGUUCUGGUACUGGAAUUCAUAUCGAUCCACUUGGAACAAGUGCCUGGAAUGCUUUAGUCUCCGGACACAAGCGAUGGUGCCUGUUUCCAACGCACACGCCUAAAGAAUUGUUAAAGGUUACUAGCGACAUUGGUGGUAAACAAAGAGACGAGGCUAUCACGUGGUUUUCUGCUAUUUAUCCUAAGACACAACUUCCAGAUUGGCCUAAAGAAUACCAACCGAUCGAAAUUUUACAAAAACCCGGUGAAACCGUAUUCGUACCUCUUGGUUAUUGGCACGUGGUGCUCAAUUUGGACGACACUAUUGCUGUAACCCAAAACUUUUGUAGCAAAACCAAUUUUCCCAUCGUAUGGCACAAAACUGUUCGUGGCCGUCCGAAGUUGUCGAAAAAGUGGCUGCGAGUGCUAAAGGAAAAGGAGCCCGAUCUCGCUGAAAUGGCGGAGAGUGUGAAUUUAAAAGAAGCCACCGGUUAUGCGUCGGACAGUUCAAGUAAUUCAAGUUCAUCAUCGUCAUCAUCAAGUUCGAGUUCGUCUAGUGAAUCGGACAGCGAUGAUUCGAAUACGGACAGUGGCCAAGAAAGUUUAACGGCAAAAAAGAAGAAACGACGACGCCUAAAUGAAUCAUCAUCAAUGUUGUCAUAGCAAAAUGAGAAUCAAACAUCGACAACGGCCACCAUACCGGCCAACACAAUGCCAAAUUCCACGAAACAAAUAAUCGUUUUCUAUUUCUAUUGGGUUCGACAGACUAUACUGGACUUUUGUCGUUGCAAUCGAACAAAUUGAUGUGCACACAACAUUGUACUAUCUGUUUUUUUAGUAGAAAUCAAUUGAGGAUCAUUUAAUUACUGCGGAACCAAUUGUGAAUGAACUGAAUUCGACCGCAAUAACUCCGAUUGUAUGUUAAAAAGCCACAUCAUAUGUACAAAAUGACUAUCUACGAAUUUCAACUCUAUUUUUUGAUUCUUGAUCACCGUUAUCAUGCAAUAACUUGAAGAAAAACAACAACACAACUUUUGUACGACGAACAAUUUUCUUUUUACUACAAUCACCUUUUAUAAUUUAUAAACUAUUUAAUAACGACAACGUUUUUAUUUGUUCUUUUGGAUGAAAUCAAAACUUUCCAGAAGUUGAAGAUAUUUAAAUAGAUUUAUUUCCACGUGCCUUGUUGCCAAAACCAUAUAAAAGAAAUAUAUUACUAUCAACAAUAGCAAA